AUGGUCGGCGCCGACCGUGCUGGGGAAGGGCCUGGACCAGGGUGGAUCCCAGCCCUUAGUGAACGCCUCUUCGCAAAGCUACAGAGUGCUGAUCUUCCCUUUCUGGUGGGUGUCUCAAUGCUGAGCCUCCACCGCGAGGAACUGAGAGAUCUCCUCUUCAAUGGGAGAGGAAGUAUGAAGAUCCGCAGCGGCGCUGAAGGAGCCGAAGUCCCGGAUCUAUCCUGGCACGUCGCCGAGUCAUCAGAGCAAGUUCUGGACUUUCUGCAUGGAGGCCUUGCAUCCAUCCAGGUGGCAUGUACGAAUAUGGAGAUUUCAAGCAGCGAGGUGUCCUCCAUCUUCCAGGUAGUGGUGGCUACUUCGCAAGGCGACUGCAUCUCAACUGCUAUAUUGCGCUUUGUCGACUUGGCGAAUUCAGACAGGGCAACAAAUCCGGCGAGAAGGAUCAAAUCCUUGGAUGCUUUGGGCGAAGUGGUGACAGUUUGUUGCAGGUCUGGCUCAUUCGUGCCGUACCGCAACUCCCGCUUGACGCAUUUGCUGCAGCCUUCUCUUGGCGGUUCCGUGUCACUG